UCCCAUACGCUCGCUGCUGAGCAGCCCCCACGCGAUAUAAGUACUCCCGCGCUUUCGGACGACACUGGUAGCUCCUUUUCACGCGAAAGCUCUCCACCCGCUACACCCACUUCUGGAGUCAGUCGUGCACCAUCUAUCUCUUUUGAUGAUUAUUCUAAGCAUGCAUAUGUUGGCGAAGGCACGGACAUCAGGAUUGUCGAAUCAGACGCGGACUCCCCGCUACCAGAAGACAUCACCCCUCCGCUGAAACGGAGACGGUUGGUGGACACAAGGGCUGAUGAAGUUCUCGCAGAGAGACCGCUGCCGCCUGAUACCUCAAACGACGUGAACAAGGCGGAUGACGGCGCUUCCUUCGGUCUUGAGCAUAUAUGCAUCGGCGACUGCACAAGUGUCGGGGACGUCAAGCCAGAUGCAGUGGACCCGUCACUAGAAUACGUCUCCCGUCCAUUGAAACGGAAGCGAAGUGCGGACACAAGCACCUAUGACGUUCGCGCGAAGAGGGCGCGGACGUCUGGCACUUUGAACGACGCAACCAAGGUCGAGGACCGCGCUUGUUUCGGUCUUGGGCAUAUACCAAUCCAUGACUGCACCAAUAUCAGGGUUGUCGAAUCGGACGCGAAUCCCUCGGUCGCCCCCGGUAUUGACAUACAACUUGAAGCCAUCACUCGCCCGCCGAAGCGAAAACGGUGUGCAAACACGACGGCCGACGAG